AAAGGGCACCGCGGCCAUUUUAGCUAUACUGUGGGUAUUGAUCUGUGCGAGGUAAGUUGCCAAAAUGCCGGAGCCCGCGAAGUCCGCUCCCGCCCCCAAGAAGGGCUCUAAGAAAGCGGUCACCAAGACGCAGAAGAAGGGCGACAAGAAGCGCAAGAAGAGCAGGAAGGAGAGCUACUCCAUCUACGUGUACAAGGUGCUGAAGCAGGUGCACCCGGACACCGGCAUCUCGUCCAAAGCCAUGGGCAUCAUGAACUCCUUCGUCAACGACAUCUUCGAGCGCAUCGCCGGGGAGGCGUCCCGCCUGGCGCACUACAACAAGCGCUCGACCAUCACGUCCCGGGAGAUCCAGACCGCCGUGCGCCUGCUGCUGCCCGGGGAGCUGGCCAAGCACGCCGUGUCCGAGGGCACCAAGGCUGUCACCAAGUACACCAGCUCCAAGUAAAAUAUCCUAGUGUUAAUAUUCUAAACUCAACGGCUCUUUUAAGAGCCACCCACAUUCACGACAGAAGAGUUGUAUCACUGUCACAUAUUAAUAGAGUCCUUAAAUAGAAAUACUUUGGGGGUGGGGGGUAUGUGUAAGAGACGUGAUUGGUUAUGCUCACCUAAAAUCCUUUCACCUUUCCGCUGCUCAUUCCAAGGUUAAAAGCCACCGGAAUAAAAGCUUUGUUUUUCUCAAA